UAUAAAAGGGCGACAAAUUUAUCAAUUCAGUAUAGAAUCAGUUGAGCGUACAACAUGAGAAGUCUUACAGUUCUUGGGGCGGUACUGGUGGCUCUAGUAGCCAUACAGUCUGCCGAUGCCUACUCAAUAAGGCGUUACCAGCCGCAGCCGGAACCACAGCCUGAACCUCAACCCGGACCUCAACCCGAGCCUCACCCAGAACCUCAACCAGAGCCCCAUCCAGAACCACAACCCGAGCCACACCCUGAGCCACAACCUGAGCCUCAUCCGGAACCACAGCCUGAACCACAACCUGAGCCACAGCCUGAGCCUCACCCAGAACCUCUGAAUGUGGUUGAGCCAGAACCACAGCCUCAGCCUCAGCCCGAGCCAGAGCCCCAGCCUCAGCCUCAACCAGAGCCACAUCCAGAGCCUCAGCCUGAACCACAACCAGAACCACAACCUGGACCACAUCCAGAGCCACAGCCUGAACCACAACCAGAACCACAACCUGAGCCACAUCCAGAGCCACAGCCUGAACCACAUCCAGAACCACAGCCUGAGCCUCAACCUGAACCACAGCCUGAGCCUCUUAAUCUGGUUGAGCCAGAACCACAGCCUCAGCCUGAACCUCAGCCACAACCCGAACCUCAGCCUGAACCACAACCUGAGCCUCAUCCAGAGCCACAGCCUGAACCACAUCCGGAACCACAGCCUGAGCCUCAUCCAGAGCCACAACCUGAGCCACACCCAGAACCACAACCGGAACCACAACCGGAGCCACAGCCUGAGCCUCAACCAGAACCCCAACCUGGACCACAACCGGAACCAUCUCCACUAAGUCGCCGAGCUGAACCUCAACCAGAACCUCAACCUCAACCACAACCACAACCUGAGCCACAUCCGGAACCACAACCCGAACCACAACCGGAACCACAGCCUGAACCACAACCAGAACCACAGCCUGAACCUCAGCCAGAACCACAGCCUGAACCUCACCCAGAACCCCAUCCUGAACCACACCCAGAACCACAACCUGAGCCUCAGCCAGAACCACAGCCUGAACCACAACCAGAACCACUACCCGAACCACGUCAACGGGUAGAACCCAACCCAGAGCCUCAACCUGAGCCACAGCCAGGACCACACCCAGAACCACAUCCAGAACCGCAACCUGAACCACAUCCAGAGCCACAGCCUGAACCACAACCAGAGCCACAACCUGAACCACAGCCUGAACCACAACCAGAGCCACAACCUGAACCACAGCCUGAGCCACAACCUGAACCACAACCUGGACCACAACCUGAACCACAACCAGAGCCACAACCUGAACCACGUCAUCGUGUGGAACCUAACCCAGAACCUCAACCUGAGCCACAACCCGGCCCACAUCCUGAACCACAUCCAGAACCGCAACCUGAACCACAUCCAGAGCCACAGCCCGAACCUCAGCCAGAACCACAGCCUGAACCACAACCAGAGCCACAACCUGAACCACACCCUGAGCCACAACCAGAGCCACAACCUGAACCACAACCAGAGCCACAGCCUGAACCGCAACCAGAGCCACAACCCGAGCCACGUCAGCGUGUAGAACCUAACCCAGAACCACAACCCGAACCACAGCCAGGACCACAUCCAGAACCACAUCCAGAACCGCAACCUGAACCUCAUCCAGAGCCACAGCCUGAACCACAACCAGAACCACAACCUGAACCACAACCUGAACCACAACCUGAACCACAACCUGAACCACAACCUGAACCACAGCCUGAACCACAACCGGAGCCACAGCCGGGACCACAACCUCAACCACAACCAGAGCCCCAACCCGGCCCAAACAGGCACUAAAUUAAAAGAAGGAUUAUUUUUAUAA